CUGUUCGUGGACAAGGACACGAUCGUUAACGCCGUCGGGGCCUCGCACGACAUUCACCUGCUGAAGAUCGACAACCGAGAGGACGAGCUGGUGACCAGGAUCAACUCCUGGUGCACGCAGCUGGUGGACAAGAUUCACAGGGAUGAGAUCACGCGGAACCGCAAGCGGGUGCGGGAGAUCAAUCAAUACAUCGACCACGCGCAGAGAGAGCUGGAGAGCCUGGAGAGCCCCGACAUGGACUAGCGGCCGCGGCGGCCCCAGCCGGCGGCAGCGCGCAUGCGCCCCCGGCUGUCCCAGGACGGCCACGGGGCUGGGGGGGAGGGGGUCUCAGCCCCCUCGCACCUGUCUUUCCCCUGCUCGUGGGAAAACAUCCAGAUACGGAGAGAAAUAAACGCCCGAGCCGCCCUUCCCCUGUGCUUUCAAA